GACAGGGAGGCUGCCUGGGGCAGCGCACUGCGCUCUGUUUAUGUAGUAUAACCGUGGUAAUGGGAGGUUUUUAAGAUUUCUGCUUUUCUGUACAAGGGGAAAGGAGGAGACGUAUAAAGCGGAAAGACUUCCUACUGUCUCAUUGUUUUAAAUGUUCACUACUCCGUUAGUGAAGUGCUUUUUAAGUUCCGAAAUACUGAUUUUUUUCUGUACCGCCAUGUUGGGUCUAGAGGAAGCUCGCGAGAUGCGAGUGGGUUUGUAUCGCGAGAUCUCUCGAUUCUCGCGGGACCUCGUUGGCAGAGCAGUUGUCCUGGAUGGCGGAGCCUUGGGUUCCGGGGGCCUGGGACCUGCAACUCUUUCUACAAGAUAUCAAGUUAUUCUAGUACAACCAUAUAAAUAAAUAAUACCUGAAGUCUCAGUGUAACAUGGACAAUUAACAGUGAUGACAGAUAAAUACAGACGCAUGGGGAUCAAAUACUAGGCGAAACGCUUUUUAAAAGAAAGAAAUUUAGGAGGUUCUAGUAUUCUUCAUGGCUGAAGCUGAGAGAGUCUGAAACCCUGAUGCUUAAGCUCCAUUCUAGAUCAUAGCUCCAACUCCUUCAGGAUAUAAGGAAAAGAGAUUAUAUUUCCACAAUGAUAGAUCUUUGGUUGUACAGGUUUCCCAAUGAGUGGAUCAUGAUGACCGUAUUGUAGGGACUUGCCAUAGUAUGGCUGCUUCCCGAUCUACUCGUGUUACAAGAUCAACAGUGGGGUUAAACGGCUUGGAUGAAUCUUUUUGUGGUAGAACUUUAAGGAAUCGUAGCAUUGCGCAUCCUGAAGAAAUCUCUUCUAAUUCUCAAGUACGAUCAAGAUCACCAAAGAAGAGACCAGAGCCUGUGCCAAUUCAGAAAGGAAAUAAUAAUGGGAGAACCACUGAUUUAAAACAGCAGAGUACCCGAGAAUCAUGGGUAAGCCCUAGGAAAAGAGGACUUUCUUCUUCAGAAAAGGAUAACAUAGAAAGGCAGGCUAUAGAAAAUUGUGAGAGAAGGCAAACAGAACCUGUUUCACCAGUUUUAAAAAGAAUUAAGCGUUGUCUUAGAUCUGAAGCACCAAACAGUUCAGAAGAAGAUUCUCCUAUAAAAUCAGACAAGGAGUCAGUAGAACAGAGGAGUACAGUAGUGGACAAUGAUGCAGAUUUUCAAGGGACUAAACGAGCUUGUCGAUGUCUUAUACUGGAUGAUUGUGAGAAAAGGGAAAUUAAAAAGGUGAAUGUCAGUGAGGAAGGGCCACUUAAUUCUGCAGUAGUUGAAGAAAUCACAGGCUAUUUGGCUGUCAAUGGUGUUGAUGACAGUGAUUCAGCUGUUAUAAACUGUGAUGACUGUCAGCCUGAUGGGAACACUAAACAAAAUAGCAUUGGUUCCUAUGUGUUACAGGAAAAAUCAGUAGCUGAAAAUGGGGAUACGGAUACCCAAACUUCAAUGUUCCUUGAUAGUAGGAAGGAGGACAGUUAUAUAGACCAUAACGUGCCUUGCACAAAUUCACAAGUGCAGGUCAAGUUGGAGGACCACAAAAUAGUAACUGCCUGCUUGCCUGUGGAACAUGUUAAUCAGCUGACUACUGAGCCAGCUACAGGGCCCUUUUCUGAAACUCAGUCAUCUUUAAGGGAUUCUGAGGAGGAAGUAGAUGUGGUGGGAGAUAGCAGUGCCUCAAAAGAGCAGUGUAAAGAAAACACCAAUAACGACCUGGACACAAGUCUUGAGAGUAUGCCAGCCUCUGGAGAACCUGAACCAUCUCCUGUUCUAGACUGUGUUUCAGCUCAAAUGAUGUCUUUAUCAGAACCUCAAGAACAUCGUUAUACUCUGAGAACCUCACCACGAAGGGCAGCCCCUACCAGAGGUAGUCCCACUAAAAACAGUUCUCCUUACAGAGAAAAUGGACAAUUUGAGGAGAAUAAUCUUAGUCCUAAUGAAACAAAUGCAACUGUUAGUGAUAAUGUAAGUCAAUCUCCUACAAAUCCUGGUGAAAUUUCUCAAAAUGAAAAAGGGAUAUGUUGUGACUCUCAAAAUAAUGGAAGUGAAGGAGUAAGUAAACCACCCUCAGAGGCAAGACUCAAUAUUGGACAUUUGCCAUCUGCCAAAGAGAGUGCCAGUCAGCACAUUACAGAAGAGGAAGAUGAUGAUCCUGAUGUUUAUUACUUUGAAUCAGAUCAUGUGGCACUGAAACACAACAAAGAUUAUCAGAGACUAUUACAGACGAUUGCUGUACUCGAGGCUCAGCGUUCUCAAGCAGUCCAAGACCUUGAAAGUUUAGGCAGGCACCAGAGAGAAGCACUGAAAAAUCCCAUUGGAUUUGUGGAAAAACUCCAGAAGAAGGCUGAUAUUGGGCUUCCAUAUCCACAGAGAGUUGUUCAAUUGCCUGAGAUCGUAUGGGACCAAUAUACCCAUAGCCUUGGGAAUUUUGAAAGAGAAUUUAAAAAUCGUAAAAGACAUACUAGAAGAGUUAAGCUAGUUUUUGAUAAAGGUUUACCUGCUAGACCAAAAAGUCCUUUAGAUCCUAAGAAGGAUGGAGAGUCCCUUUCAUAUUCUAUGUUGCCUUUGAGUGAUGGUCCAGAAGGCUCAAGCAGUCGUCCUCAGAUGAUAAGAGGACGCUUGUGUGAUGAUACCAAACCUGAAACAUUUAACCAAUUGUGGACUGUUGAAGAACAGAAAAAGCUGGAACAGCUACUCAUCAAAUACCCUCCUGAAGAAGUAGAAUCUCGACGCUGGCAGAAGAUAGCAGAUGAAUUGGGCAACAGGACAGCAAAACAGGUUGCCAGCCGAGUACAGAAGUAUUUCAUAAAGCUAACUAAAGCUGGCAUUCCAGUACCAGGCAGAACACCAAACUUAUAUAUAUACUCCAAAAAGUCUUCAACAAGCAGACGACAGCACCCUCUUAAUAAGCAUCUCUUUAAGCCUUCCACUUUCAUGACUUCACAUGAACCGCCAGUGUAUAUGGAUGAAGAUGAUGACCGAUCUUGUUUUCAUAGCCACAUGAACACUGCUGUUGAAGAUGCAUCAGAUGACGAAAGUAUUCCUAUCAUGUAUAGGAAUUUACCUGAAUAUAAAGAACUAUUACAGUUUAAAAAGUUAAAGAAGCAGAAACUUCAGCAAAUGCAAGCUGAAAGUGGAUUUGUGCAACAUGUGGGCUUUAAGUGUGAUAACUGUGGCAUAGAACCCAUCCAGGGUGUUCGGUGGCAUUGCCAGGAUUGUCCUCCAGAAAUGUCUUUGGAUUUCUGUGAUUCUUGUUCAGACUGUCUACAUGAAACAGAUAUUCACAAGGAAGAUCACCAAUUAGAACCUAUUUAUAGGUCAGAGACAUUCUUAGACAGAGACUACUGUGUGUCUCAGGGCACCAGUUACAAUUACCUUGACCCAAACUACUUUCCAGCAAACAGAUGACAUGGAAGAGAACAUCAUUUACUAGUCCUCUUCAACACAUAGCAAUGGUAUCAUUGUUAAUUAUGUGCACAGUUUGGAAAGAUUCUCUGCUUUCCCAGAAAUGACACUCACAGCAUGAGAGCUUCCUGAGUGUUCUCGUCAAGUACAGCUCUGCACCGUUGUGGCUCUAGAUCACUGUUCAGCAGCUGAACAUUCCUGGUGAGCAAAGGUUUCCCUGGUGAAUUUUUCACCACUGCGUUUUAGGUGGUGAUCUUAAAUGGGUGAGAUGGAAUGAGAGCACACAUUAAAGAGAGAGUAAAUUCCAAAGGUUUCAAAGAACUUGGUCAUAAAUAUGAUAAUGAGAAGACAAAGUAUUUAUAUUAAAACAGUUUAGUAGCCUUCAGUUUUGUGAAAAUAGUUUUCAGCACAGAAACUGACUUCUUUAGACAAAGUUUUAACCAAUGAUGGUGUUUGCUUCUAGGAUAUACACUUUAAAAGAACUCACUGUCCCAGUGGUGGUCAUUGAUGGCCUUUAGUAAAUUGGAGCUGCUUAAUCAUAUUGAUAUCUAAUUUCUUUUAACCACAAUGAAUUGUCCUUAAUUACCAACAGUGAAGCACUACAGGAGGCAACUGUGGCAUUGCUUCCUUAACCAGCUCAUGGUGUGUGAAUGUUAUAAAAUUGUCACUCAGAUAUAUUUUUUAAAUGUAAUGUUAUAUAAGAUGAUCAUGUGAUGUGUACAAACUAUGGUGAGAAGUGCCAGUGGUAGUAACUGUGUAAAGUUUCUAAUUCACAACAUUAAUUCCUUUAAAAUACACAGCCUUCUGCCUCUGUAUUUGGAGUUGUCAGUACAACUCAUCAAAGAAAACUGCCUAAUAUAAAAAUCAUAUAUAUGGUAAUAAUUUCCCUCUUUUGUAGUCUGCACAAGAUCCAUAAAAGAUUGUAUUUUUAUUACUAUUUAAACAAGUGAUUAAAUUUAGUCUGCACAGUGAGCAAGGGUUCACAUGCAUUCUUUUAUACUGCUGGAUUUUGUUGUGCAUCAUUUAAAACAUUUUGUAUGUUUCUUCUUAUCUGUGUAUACAGUAUGUUCUUGAAUGAUGUUCAUUUGUCAGGAGAACUGUGAGAAAUAAACUAUGUGGAUACUGUCUGUUUAUAUUA